UUCAAUUCAGAUAUUGUUUGUCUUGAGGUUUGUUUGCUUGCAGAGCCACAGAGGAAAUGGUGUAAGAAAAUCAGUUCUAGUCGUAAAUAAGAAAAAAGAUUUUAUUAUUAUUUUUUCUUUCCCUGUUGUGGUAAUUGUAAGACAAAUUUUGAUUAGCUAACCAUGAGUUCAUUUAACCUCCCAGGAGGUGGUAAUGGGCUUUAGUAAAACGCUACAUAUUAGGAAUUAAUAUAUGCUCUAGUUCAUCAGACAUUUAAUUUGCUUAAGCUCUCUGCUUAUCAAUGCUGUUUGAUUAGUGUACAAUCUGAUCUAUCAAGUUAAACAUGUUAUUGGGACUACUACUACCUCAUAAAUUGCUCAUUACACAAUUUCGCAAUUUUUAACACCUACAUUUAAGUAUCAACUUUAUCCUGAUAUUACACCAAUACACCUUUGAUUUUCUGUUGGCUGGGAUUGUUUAUACAUGUGUCUGCAUUGUUGCUACUAUCUGCUAGCUAUCCCCUCUAUACCCAAUGUCCAGUUUUUAAAUCAUUCGCGUUCUUUAGGCUGUGAAAAUCAGGGCAAUUUCUAUUAAUUUAUUUCUUUUGUUCAAAUGAAUUUCCUCAAAUGGAUACGUAUAGGGAAGUAGAUGAUCAAUUUAAUGAGAACAUUGAUCGAGUUUAUAAGCAAAAGAAAGGCGAAAGAGUUAUUAAAAUGGAUAGUGUAAGAAAGGUCUUCGACAUGAUGCCAGAACGAGAUAUUGUGUCCUGGAAUACGGUGAUUGCAGGGAUGUAUGAACAGGCUUUAGCAAGGGUAGAGAUGGGGAAUACCAACUUGAAGCCUGAUUCUUUUACUUUGUCUAGUGUUCUUCUGGUUUUUGCAGAAUAUGUAGAUGUUAUUAAGGGAAAGGAGAUUCAUGUGUAUGCCGUAAGACAUGGAUUUGAUGCAGAUGUGCUGAUUGGCAGUAGCUUGAUUGACAUGUAUGCAAACUCUACCCAUACGGACGACUCUCUGAAAGUGUUCAACCUGCAACGUCGGCGUGAUUCCAUUUCAUGGAACUUGAUUAUUGGAGGGUAUGUGCAGAAUGGUAUGUUUGAGGCUAAAACUAAGCCAACAGAUGUCUCCUUUUCAAGUAUCAUUCCAGCUUUUGCCCACUUGACCACUCUACAUCUGGGGAAGCAGCUCCAUGGAUACAUAAUUUGGCGCGGAUUUGAGGAUAAUAUCUAUGUAGCAAGCUCACUAGUGAACAUGUAUGCCAAAUGUGGUAACAUUGCGAUGGCAAGGUAGAUUUUUGACAAAUUGGAGCAACAUGAUAUGGUGUCAUGGACAGCCAUGACUGUGGGAUAUGCAUUGCAGGGUCAUGCCCGUGAUACCAUUUCCUUAUUUGAGCUGAUGAAAGGAGAGGCACUAAAGCCUACUUAUGUUGCUUUCAUGGCUUUUGUGCUUUUGUCAAACAUAUAUUCUGCUGCUAAGAAAUGAAGAGAAGUAGCAGAAAUGAGAAUCUUGAUAGGAGAUAAGGGCAUGAAGCCAGCCUGCAGCUGGAUUGAAGUUAAAAACAAUGUUCAUGCUUUUGUAGCGGGAGAUGAACCCCACCCAUAUUAUAUUGAGAUAAUCAACGCUCUGGAAGUUCUCUUGGAGCAGAAGGAGCGAGAAGGGUAUGUGCCAAACACAAAUGAGGUGCUCCAAGAUGUUGAAGAGGAGCAAAAGAAGUACCUGUUGUGUCACCACAGUGAGAGGCUUGCCAUAGCAUUUGGCAUCAUUACCACUCCUGCUGACCGAGUAACAAAAAACCUUCGGGUAUGUAUGGAUUGCCAUACAGCAACAAAACUUAUAUCCAAGAUUGUCGGAAGAGAGAUAACUGUCAGAGAUAAUAGCCGGUUUCACCAUUUCAAGGGUGGAGAGUGUUCAUGUGGAGACUAUUGGUGAGAGAACCUGAUGAGAUGAUCAUACCAACCCACUUAAGCCCAGCAUCAUAAUUCAUAGCAGCACAGGACAUUUAGUCAGGUGUAUCGGAAUCUGGUGCUGUCAUUGACACAAGGUGCUGUUUAACACUAUAACACCAAUUGGAGCUUCGAGCAAGGAGUGACUAUGUUCUCAUAUGACUUGAAACUUCUGACCGUACUUUAUAGACCUGACCUGCUUUUAGCUUUCUACUUCUCUCCAAAAAAAUAUAUAUAUUUCUUUUGUUCGGAAAAUCACGGGAAUUUAGACUGAUAUUUUAGGUCUUCAGCAGUUUAGAUUUCGUUAAUUUGUUAGUUUAUGCUUGUUGCAUCCAGAUGUUUUGGUUAGGCCCCCCUCCUUUGUCAUUCAACUCAUUUUGGAUUAAUAAUUGGAGUGUUAGGGAGGUUAUUGUUCCUAUUCUAGCACUCAUUUCAUCCAAAAAAAAAAAAAAAACUUUCUUGCUUCUUGUGGCUGCACUUGGCUGAGCUCAUAUUUAUUAGAAUCGAACAUCUUGUUUGAUGGUCUCAUAUAUUUAUAUAUAUCAUUAUAAUUUUAUAUGCUAAUGCUAUAGAACUUCAUGAAUGAGCCCCAUGACAAAAAUGAAAAUUGAUUUAUGGGUGUGGUGAGCAUUCUGUAGGGUGUUAGUGCCAGCUCUCUUUGAGCUCUCUUCCCACCAAGGAUUGCCAAGAAUUGGAGCAUUUGUAAUGCAUGUCAAAUACUUUAACUGUACCAAUUUUUGU